AUGUUGCUUUAUAAUUUAAGUCUUCCUGCUGCAAAAAUUAUAUUUUAUUCAGGCCAAGUGUGUUUGAACUGGCAUGUUCUGAUCUGGAAAUACAGCCUGAACAUGUGCUGCCAGUGUUUUCACCAGUAUGCCAAGGAUAUCGGCUUCAUCAAGUUGGAUUAAGUAAUUUUCUUUGAAUGGAUGCUCCAAGACAUUGAUACUUUGGGAAAUCAUGAUAGCUGCUUGUACAUGAAAUAAACAACUUCAAUUAAAAACAAAAAGCCUUCUGAGCCUAUUUUGCUUCUUUAAAACAAGAAAAUUGGAUUUGAUUGUCACAGGGCAAACCAUCCUGUGGAUGAGUGUAUAGCAUCUGUACUGCAGAUCUCAGCAGCGUGGACGGGGAGGGUCCAGGGCUGCCAGUAUGUGUUUGAGAGGGUCAGUGGGCCAGAGUUGUAGCAUUUAAGAGGCCAAGAUCAGAACUAAAUCUUCAAGCCUUGAGAACAGGUCUUUGUAUUUUGACCUGAUUAUUUGAUCUAUAAUGGUUUUCUCAUCCAUUGCAACAUGUGUACUUACUGUAAAUUUAUGUACAGAACUAAAUAUUCCUUUAGUUAGUUUGGAAACCAUAAUAGAACAAGUCAUUUUCCUUCAGUGUAUCUUGCCUUGGAAAAGGAGAACAAAUCAGUAUACAAACUUUAGGAUAGCUUGAAAUUUUGUGAAACUAAAAUAGAGUCAUAAUUUAUUUUGGAAUUCAAUGGCAAUUUCAAGGAUUCAGUUACCAUAAUCAUAGAGACAACAAAUGUGAGAUGUUUGUCAUGCAUAACUGUUAUUCAGAAGUGGGAAAGGUUCAAUGGCAGAUUCCAGCCCAUGAUGUAGGCCUUUGAAAGAUUUUUUUUUUUUUAUAAAUAAUACUCUUGGAGAUGUCUACCUCACAACCCGGGAGCCGAAUGUUUAUAAAGUAAGCAGUCAACAGGUGGACAGACAGGGGCCCUCUUGGUGUCAGUGGUGCAUAAGCUCACAGAGAAGUGAAAUGCCCCUAACCUUCGCUGGUCAUAGGUUUAUAAAAUGUAAGCUGUGAAGAGGCGAAAUGGCAAAAAUAAAACUGAAACCAGGAAUGAAGCAUAAAUUACAUCACUUCCUUUCUGAAGAAUGAAGCAUGUGUCAAGAGGAGAUACCAGGCAAAUCCUCGACCCUAGUGUUGCUUC